CUGUAAGAUUUCACGAGCUGUAAAAUCGUGACUUACCGUGACUAAGGUGAAUAUAACUGUUGAUGAUAUUUUAAAUUUGCUAAUUGCGUGUUUUAACAAAGCAAUUUUUAUAGAUUUUUUUCUUACAUACUAUGAAGUCAAAUUUUUCUGGCACUAUGAAAAUGCUGUGCUUUCAAGUUAUUCUCGUUCUUUUUAAUGCGAUGAAUUCUUUGGCGGUGUGGAAUACAAAUGAUUAUAUCAAGCGUGAACAUUCAGUUGUGAGGCCUUAUCAAGCUUCUGGUGUUUCUAUUCCAUACUGGGAUUUCAGUGGAAGUACGAUGAUCACAAAUAAUUAUAUUCGACUCACUCCCGAUUUGCAAAGUAAAUCCGGUGCUGUAUGGAACAAUAUUCCCUGUACAGUCAGGAAUUGGGAGCUUCAAAUUCAUUUUAAAGUACAUGGGAAAGGUAAAGAUUUAUAUGGUGAUGGAAUGGCAAUUUGGUAUACGAAACAAUCAUUAGUAGCAGGACCAGUAUUUGGAAAUCAAGACUAUUUCGAUGGUCUUGGAAUAUUUCUUGAUACCUAUGCUAAUCAAGGAGCCCAUAGUCACGGGCAUCCAUAUAUAUCUGCUAUGGUGAAUAACGGUACACUGCACUAUGAUCAUGAUAGAGAUGGUACACAUACUGAAUUAGCCGGAUGUGAAUCUAAGUUUCGGAAUUCCGAACACGAUUCUCAUUUGUCCAUUCGAUACGAGAGAGAUGUUUUGACUGUUUCGACAGAUGUAGAAGGUAAAAAUGCGUGGAAGGAAUGUUUUUCUGUCGAAGGUGUCAAACUACCGACCGGUUAUUUUUUUGGAGGUACUGCAACGACUGGUGACUUGUCUGACAAUCACGACAUUAUAUCUAUUCGUUUAUAUGAAUUAGAAAUUCCUGACUAUAAAGACGAAGAAGAUCGGUCAAAAAUUUCUCCUAAAGCUUCGUUUUUUGCCCCUCCAAGAGAUCACAUUGAUGAUCAGCCUCCAGCAAUGUCCGGAUUCAAACUCUUCCUUAUUAUUGUAUGUGUUCUUUUAGGAAUAUGUGUUUGCAUUAUAGGUGGUGUGAUUGUUUUUCAGAGAAGUCAAGACAGAUCUAAAAGACUGUAUUAAAAUUUGUUUAAAGCAAGACUGUGUAUUACGUUAUGUAUUAUUUGUACAUUUAUCAUAGGAUGUCCCUAUCGUUGCCAAUUUUAUACACAUAAAGUAUUUUAUUCUUCUAUAAAAUAGCGAUUUGAAGUAAAAUAUAUCAUCUGUAAUUUGUAUCAUCUUUUGAUUUGUGUAAAAGCAGGUUGUGACAAAGGAAAUGUUUUAUAUAUGUGCUAUCAACAUAUCAAAUCUUCCUUUUUAAAUAGUGUAAUUUUUAUGUUGUUUUUCUUACUUAAUUAUAAAAAAAUAUGUUUAAAGAUGAAAUUAAAACCUGAUGUGCAAAUGCAGUUCUCUGAUAAAAAGUAGAAAAAGCUAAGUUUAAUAAAAACUAUUUCUGAGUGAAACUAAAAAUCUUUUCAGUAAUGACAAUUACUCUUAAGCUAUUUUAUUUUAUAAUAUAUUUUGUUUUAUAAUAUAUGUUUUAUCUUAUAAAAAUCUCAUUUAUAAUAUAGGUAACCAUUUUCAUUAUAAUUAAUUUCUCAUUAUAAACUUAUUUAUAAUCUUUAACAAAAUUGAUUAUAAAUAAAAUGUCAGACAACUUGGACAUAUAUUUUAACUGAGAGAUGUAGACGAUAAUGAACUAAAAUAUACCUCUUUUUUAAUGUAAAAUAAUACUAUUUGUGUUUAAUGCUUUUCAUGAUAAAUUAUUUAAAAUAAAUGAAUCAUUUUUUUUAGAUUGUCUUAUGAUUAAUUAGAAAAUCAUUAAAUGUAUUUUACGUAUUUCAAAUACUUAAAUUGCACUAACCUACUGCAUGGAAGAUAGUAUGCAUUGCAGCUAUAGUUUAUUAAUAGAAAUGUAGUUUUUAGAUUUAUGUAUAUCUUACUUAAUUUUUUUUUUACCUGUAUAUGCAUGUUUUAAUUGAUUUUUUUUCUUCUUUUAUUCAUAUACAGUGCUAUAAGUGUUUGUUGAAUCAGGAACUUUUGAAUUGAUUAUUUUUAUGAGCAACAGUAGGCUUAAACUGUUUGCUAUAAACUUUUGCUGCCACAUCCAAGACAUAAUUUGCUGGUAUUCAAUCUUCAUAUUUUUGCAGUCUUCGAUAAUUUUUUUUUUUUUUUUGGAAUUAUAUAUUUAAUGGGAAGAGUAGUCUUCCUUCUGAUAAGGAGGAGACAAAAUAGCUACUAGUUUUUUUUUCCUCUUUUCUUUUUAUGAUUUUAGAAAAAUCAUAAAAUAUAGGUUAUAUA